CUGACAGCAACACAAUGAGUUGCCAGCUCCCCCUCCCAACAGAGCCGCUUUGCUCUCACCAGACUCAGAAUCAGGCGGGCUCACAUGGGCAAAGCUGCCUGCGCUAAAGAAGAGCCACCCGUCAAACUUAUUACAGCAACUACUCAAACUGUUCAACAACCUGCAAUGUGUCCAAACGUAACAUCGCUUCCAAAAACGCGUUCAUUUGUGGAAAAGGUGCAUGUGCCUAUUUGAUUUUUGUUCCCUUUUGGUUAACGUGCGUAAGUUGAUUGUGCGCGUCCCAAUCAAAGCGCACCGGCAGUAUACACUUCGGAAAAAGUGCGGUCAUGGCGUAUCCUCAGGGUUUUCUGUUCCAGCCGUCGGUUUCGCUGGCGCUGCACUCCUGCCCGUCGUUCAACUCCAGCGUGAUUUUAGGACCACGGACAGAGGAGCUCGGACGCUCCUCCUCGGGUUCCGCUUUCGCGCCAUACGCGGGAUCCACGACGUUUAGCAGCUCGUCACCGAGCUUCAACUCCCACCUGCCCUACGGCGGAGAGCCACGGCCGGCGGCAACUUUGAAUUCCUUCGUGGGGCCUGCUUAUGACUCCUCGGCCAUCAGCGGUUCCCUGGACUAUCACCCGUUCGGCGGGGCCCUGGGAGCCUUCCCAUACGGGGACCCCGCGUACCGGAAGAACGCCACCAGGGACGCGACCACCACCCUCAAAGCAUGGCUCAACGAGCACCGAAAGAACCCCUACCCCACCAAAGGAGAGAAGAUCAUGCUGGCCAUCAUCACUAAGAUGACCCUGACCCAGGUCUCCACCUGGUUUGCAAACGCCCGCCGGCGCCUCAAGAAGGAGAACAAAAUGACGUGGACCCCCAGGACCAGGAGUGAGGAUGAGGAGGAGGAUGAUAACAUUGACCUUGAAAGGAACGACGAGGAUGAAGAGCCGAUCAAACCGACCACAGAGGAGAUCGAGUCGAACAACGAUGUUGCUGGAUCCAACCCAGCCUCGAAGCCCGAGACGCACACAGAGUGCCGUGGCAGCAGUAGUGAGACGGAAUGUGGUUCAGCUGAACCGGAUUUGAAAGACCACGGGGAGAGGAGACUGUUCCAGACCCCGGUGCCUGGCACGGGUCUGUCCUACGCUAGCGCCCUGCUGGGGACGCCCCGGGUGUCGGAGUCAGGCCGCGCGGGCAGCCCCACAUCAAAGCGGCUUGUCGUUGAAUCUGGAAGCGGCGUGUCCAGCCAGGCAACGGCUGUUAUCCGCUCGCCAAACCCCGCAGCCCCCAAACCCAAGUUGUGGUCGCUCGCAGAGAUUGCUACUUCUUCGGAUAAUAAAUGUAGAGGAUCUAAUCCCACGAGUACUUCGACGCGGACUCAGUUCCCCCAUGGCGCGCCCCUUUCCAGACGCCUGUACUACACGUCUCCCUUUAUCCCCGGCUAUUCAAACUAUGGCACGUUUGGACACCUACACAGCGGCCCCGGAUCAAAUAUGGGCUCCACGACACAUUUAAACGGAUUACAUCAAACCCUGCUGCAGAGGGCCGAGGCGAUCGCCAGAGACUGUAAACUGCGAAGUCAAACACAGUUAGACCUUGGCAGAGAAUUAACACAGCACCAAGUCAAGAAAGGUUUGGCAAAUGUGUAGAUAUAUCGGACUUUUUAGAUUGACAUAUUUAUUUGGACACUGCCGUAUUUGUUGGAUGCCUUUCUGACCUUUCCUGGAGAUAAAAUAAAGUAAAAAAAAAUAAAAAGGAAUUUUCUGAAUGCGGACGGAGAGUAGGCCUAUUAUUUAGUAACACAAAUAUCACAUUUAAGACUGCAUUUUUUUAUGUUCCAUAAAAUGUAAUCUUCGUAGUGCGUUCUGCACAAAUCAUGAACGGAUCAUUAAAAGUUAGUUUUAUGAAUACGCAACUGACCACCUUCCAUUUUUAAUCACUUUGGAAAGUUAUUAUUUGCUAUUUAAUGAUACAUUAAUUCUCUAUAUAUGCCUACUACAUCAAUGAACUCUAAAAAAUGUGUAUAAAAGAAAGAAAGUAAAAAUAAUUGUUCUAAAUUAUAUUUACUUUCUUCUAAACAUUAACCUAAAAAUGAGUGGAUGUGUCCACUAUAGUCUUUAUGCAUAACCCUCAAUGAAAUACUUACUUGUACUAUUUUUUUCUGGGCCAAAUGGUUCUUUUUUACUCCAAGCCGAGAGACAGAGAACAAUCAUCAUGCAAGGUGUUGCUCUCUUGGCCCACAGAUUGUGCAGUAAAAUAAACACUCCAAAGCUGAAAGAAAACCACAGUUUAGUGUAAAAGUAACUAAAGGAAAUAGCCUAUGGCUUCUGUUCAGGGUCAACACCUUGCCAUGACAACCAGAAAGAUAAAUCCUAAGUGCUCAAUAUUACUGCAGCACAAGUGUGUGUGUGUGUGUGUGUGUGUGUGUGUGUGUG